AACCCCCAGUAGAGGUGGCAAAAAUAUCCGAUAGAUUCUACAUCGCUACGGAUUCUAUUGGCUCACCAUUGGGCCAAAUUGUGCUGCGUAUGCCAAGGGCUGCGAAGCUUGUCAAUGCCACAGCCCUGUUCAAAGAGCGCCGACGGUUGAUCUAAAAUCCAUAAUCAAACCAAGACCGUUUUAAGGAUGGGCAUGCAUUUGAGUGGUAUGAUAUACCCUCCAUCGUCAAAGAAACACAUUUUUAUAAUUUUGGCUACUUACUACUUCACCAAGUGGGUGGAAGCCAAGCGAUUGAAGGUGGCUAACCAAGAUGAAGCGAUUUCUUUCAUACAAGAACACAUCAUUCACCGAUUUGGUUUGUCGGCAACGAUAAUGGCAAACCAAAGAACUCUGUUCACCGGGGGGGGGGGGGAAGUUAUGGAGUUCGCGGCAGAAUGGGGGAUAAAGAUUAUCCAUUCCACGCCGUAUUAUGCACAAGCUGACGGGCAAGCGGAAGCAUCCAACAAGGUCAUGAAAAAUAUUUUGACAAAGAUGAUUGAGGAUAAUCCGCGACAAUGGCAUGGAAUUUUAUCAGAACCGAUGUGGCCAUACAGGAUGUCACCACGAAUCAGUACCAGAGUGUGUCCCUUCUCGUUAACUUACGGUCAUGAAGCAUUCCUUCCUGUGGAGGUGACCGUCACCUCACUCCGGUAUAUGAAGCAGCACGAGUUAACACCUCCGGAGUAUCAUGAAUCAAUGAUGCUUGAGCUCUGCGAUCUUGAUGAACUUCAACUCUGCGCCCUCGAUAAUGUUCAAGUACAGAAAGCAAGAGUGGCGAGAGCUUAGAACAAGAAGGUUCGACACAAAUCAUUUGAGGAGGGCGAGCUGGUUUGGAAAGCUCACUUGCCGAUUGGGCCGGGGAAAAAGAUCCCAAGUUUGGAAAAUGGUAACCGAAUUGGCGUGGACCAUUUGUUGUGCACUCAGUGCGCCCUAAUGGAGCAUACUUGCUGAAAGAUUUGGAUGGAGUGAUGCAUGCGCGUUUGAUAAAUGGCAAAUAUCUAAAGCCAUACGUGUCGUCCCUAUGGGACGCAGCUGGUCAGUAGUCUAACAAUGACGAUCAACCAGGUGCAAAGAGGAUGUUGUCUCGUCGGCUACCAAGCCUGCACAACGUGGUUGAGUAGUAUGAGAUUGGCAAAGUAUGCAACAAAUAUGCCAAUUUGCCAACUCUGUUACUAAUAUAAAAGGAAAAUUUUAAUGCCUGAAGGCAAGCGGUAGGGUCAACUUAAUCCCAGUCAGUGUGGUAUAAUACCAAAUUAAUUUUCUUUUCUUGGCUAAAAUGGUGAGCUUUGGUUGGCCAAUAUAGCCAAACUUGCGAUCUAAGUCGCAAGAUAAAACUGGCACAACAAUACCGUUUUAUUGUCAUUUUCUUGUCGGAGUGGCCAGGCGUAAUAUGGAAGGAACAAAAUUGUUGUGUGCGUCAAAGAGAAGAAAGAUUACUAUGUGAUGACAUGAUUUUUUAUCUAGGCCUACAAUGCGGAGGGCAAGGAUUAAUGUUGUUCUUUUGGGGCAAUGUUGUGGUUGGUUAGGAAGAGUAAGGGGUUUUUCCAAAAAUAAUAAAAUACGUGGCUAGAGAAGCAAAGCUGAAAAUUUUAGGUUUUGGAAGAGCAGCUUUGCGAUGGACUAAUAACAUUGUGUCAAUUUAAAAUUUCAACAUCAGUGAUUUAGGCUACUGAAAAUUGGCUGAUAAAAACACUACUUUGAGCAACCCUUCAGAGUGCAACGGGAAUGAAAGUCAGAUCUGCACUGGACGCCAAGCACAACAAUGCUGCGACCAUGGAGCGAGAGGCAAGAUUGCGAGUAAGCUUAAAAAAAAAGGUAACACAGUCGAUUUGGCACAAACAGUAUCGAUGCGAGGAGGAUCGAUAAACAGGUGCGUUGGCAAUCGAGAAACAUGUGCGUUGGUUUUUCCCUCUUUGUUGUUUUUCCUUGUCAUAACGAUGUUGGACAAAAGAAAUAAUAAUUCUAACAAGAAAAGUCGUACCUGUUUGUAGCAAAACGCUAGUGUUUUUGAAAAACAGUGGUGUGAGUGUUUGCCGCUCAACCUUACGAGAAAAGAGAGAAAAAAAAACAAGACAACAUUGUCGAGUCCGUAGUGUUGAGAAAGGAAGAGAGUACAACGCUGCUGUGAAGCACACCACAACGGGUAAAUAUGUAUUUUAAAAAUGUUAUUUUCUUCUAAUUGGCCGCAAAAUUGCUGGGCAAAGAACAGAUUUAGUUGUCCUCGUGGGAAAAGGAAUAGGAUUUGGCUCUGCAAUAUGGCAAGGAAAGCCAUGCAGGUUUGCAAGUCCGCCAAACGAAUGAAAAAAAAGCGGUCGUAGGAGUGAGGAACGGAGUCGUUCGGGUGAAACCACGUUGUCUGUGUAGUGGUUUUAGCGGUGCUGUUUAAAAAUGAUAUAGUAAAAAAAAGGAGAAGAGAUUUUAGCCAAAACAGCACCGACGAGGGAAACAAAAAAUCAGGUCUGUUUGGGGAGGAAAACAGCGUUACGGGCCGCAAUAGUAUAAUAAUAUAAAUAUUUUAAAUUAAA